AUGGAAAUCGAAAAUUGCGAUUUAUUCAAUGAAGAUUAUUCGCAUUUCCGCUCCUCGUUUCCUAACGAGAAUAAUAAACUGAAUAGUGCACAAAUAUCAAUGAUAACUGAAAAUCAAAGCACGGAAAAUUAUUUGAAAGAAUUUGAUUGUUUUUAUACGGAAAUUAUGUCAAAAGUUAAAGGCAUAAGAAAUACUCCGGCUUUAAAUCAACUCCCGUUUCCGGAAGACAUAGAUAUAGACGAAGAUAAAUGGAGUAGGAACGCAAAAUACACUCCCGAGGUAAAAGAGCAACUAGAGUUUAUCAAAAAAAUGGAUAGUGAAAUUGAUUCAGUUAUAAAUCAAUAUAAAAUUGAGAAAGAACAAAGAUUACAGACACAAUAUGAAUUGUAUAACGAAAUAACCAAACAUGGGAUACCACCAGAAAAAGAAGCAGAUUUAUUUGUAAAUCUAUGCCGUUUUGAAUUCACAGAAUCAAAUAACGAACAAAAUGAAAAAAAUCCAGAUAAAAACAAGAAGAAAAAGAGAGAUUAUAACGUAAAAGAUAAAAAUAAUUCGUUCAUAAUAAGAAAUGUUAAUCUGGCCUUUAGUAAUUGUUCAUUAACAGACGAAGAAAAGUGUGAGUUGGAAAAAUUGAUCCAAUUAGACGACGAAGAUGAUAUUCAACAAUGCAGCAAUCCUUUCAACAUAUUCUCUAAUAAAGAUGAAGAUAUUAUGAAGUUGAAAGAUAUCGAUGAAGAAUUGAAAAAAGUUCAAUUGGAGCAACGAUUGAAGGUAUUAGAAUCAAAACUGAAAGCUCUACGUGAAAUCGAAGACAAUGAUGAACGCAAUAAAAAAAUUGAUGUACAAAUAGGUGAAGAUGAAACUACUAUUUCCGAAAAUGAUAUUGAAACUGAUACAGAAAAUUCAAAAAAUGAUGUUCAACGAAACGCAGAUGAUGAUGGUCAAAACAUAGAGUGA